AUGGCACUUGCCACCGCCUCUUGGUGCUCUUGGCCAAGUCUCGCUUUGCUGCUGCUGCUGGUGUCGGCAGUUCGGCCGGCGUUUGCCCUGACUGAGCAGUACCCGACGUUGCCCUUGCUCUGGCAGGAGCGGUACCGCCCUCAGGGUCAGGGGCUCAGAGGCUGCCCGGAGCCCUUGGUGGCUGACUGGGGUGGGGAACAGUAUGCGGCAGCUGCCGGCGACUGUGAUGCUUCUUUUUUGAACUUUCAUGACUCAGACUGUGAGCUACAAGGGUCUCCAGCUUGUGAAUCCCUGCUCUCAAUAAAUACUGAAAAACUUUUGAAUCAAGCAAAAUUGCUUGCUGAACAAAAAAGAGUUCCCUUUGCCACGAAUGAUGACAGUAUAAAUGAAGAGUUAGCGGUUGCUUAUGUAUUGAUUGGUAGUGGCCUCUAUGAUGAAGCUAUACGUCACUUCUCAACAAUGCUUCAGGAACAGCCGGAGCUCAUUAGUGCAAUUUAUGGAAGGGGGAUAGCAUACGGAAAGAAAGGAUUGCAUGAUGUAAAAAAUGCAGAGCGUGCUUUGUUUGAGCUGAGCAGAGUAAUUAGCCUGGCACCAGAUCACCCAGAAGUAUUUGAACAGCGAGCAGAGAUACUGUCACCUUUGGGUCAAAUUAGUGAAGCACUGGCUGAUCUCACUAAAGCUAUUCAACUAAAACCUUCAGCACGACUCUACCGGCAUAGAGGUACUCUUUACUUCAUGUCUGAGGACUAUGCAACAGCCUAUGAAGACUUCCAGAAUUCCCUUGAGCUGAACAAAAACCAACCUGUAACUGUGCUUUACAAAGGGCUGACAUUUUUUCACAGAGGGCUUUUAAAGGAAGCUAUUGAAUCAUUCAAAGAAGCCCUGAAACAGAAAGCAGAUUUCAUAGAUGCAUAUAAAAGUCUGGGGCAAGCCUAUCGAGAACUUGGUAAUUUUGAAGCUGCUACAGAAAACUUUCAGAAGGCAUUGAUGCUAAACCCAAAUCAUGUUCAGACGAUACAGCUUGGGGGAAUGAUGCUAUAUCAUCAUGGUAGCCUAGAGGAGGCUCUGAAGAACUUUAAGAGAUGCCUGCAACUAGAACCAUAUAAUGAAGUGUGCCAGUAUAUGAAAGGUCUCAGUCAUGUCACUUUGGGGCAGUUUUAUGAAGGAAUUAAAGCUCAAACGAAAGUUAUGUUAAAUGAUCCUCUUCCUGGUCAGAAAGCUAGUACAGAAUACAUAAAAGUGAAAUACCUCAGAGAAUAUUCUCGCCAUCUGCAUGCACAUCUGGAUACCCCACUUUCAGAAUACAACGUGGAUAUGGAUCUUUCUGGAAAGUUUAAAGAGCACUGGGCCAAAAAUCUUCCUUUUCUCAUAGAAGACUAUGAAGAACAGCCAGGGUUACAACCACAUAUAAAGGAUGUGCUGCAUCAGAAAUUUGAAAACUAUAAACCCGAAAUACAAGAGAUGAUAUGUGUAGCUGAUCAUUUGGGUUCACUGAUGCAAUACGAGACAACAGGAUUUCUUCCAAACAGGAGAAUACAUAGAGCAAUGGGUCUAGCUGUGCUAGAAGUAAUGCAAGCAGUACAGCGAACAUGGGUGAACUCAAAAGUCCGAAUAAAUGGAAAAUCCAGGCUGAUGCAGUGGCGAGAUAUGUUUGACAUUGCCGUGAAAUGGAGAAGGAUUGCUGACCCGGACCAGCCUGUACUAUGGUUAGACCAAAUGCCAUCUCAGAGUCUUAGCAGAGGUUUUAAUAAUCAUAUCAAUUUAAUCAGGGGGCAGGUGAUUAAUAUGAGAUACCUUGACUAUUUUGAAAAGAUACUCGAUUUUAUAAAAGACAGAAUCCUUGUUUAUCAUAGUACUAAUAAUCACAGAGAACUUGUAGAAGUUCAAGAAGCACUGGACCAGGUACAUAAAGUAGAAGACCUUCUCCCAAUAAUGAAGUUAAGCAGUAAAACGAGAGAUGGGUUUACCGUCAACACCAAAGUCCCUAGCCUCAAAGAUUCAGGGAAGGAAUAUGAUGGAUUUACUGUUACCAUAACAGGAGAUAAGACUGGAAAUAUAUUGUUUUCACUGGAAACACAGACAACUGAAGAAAGAACACAACUGUAUCAUGCAGAAAUAGAUGCUCAUUAUAAAGACCUUACUGCCAAAGGAAAAAUACUUGUUUUAUCUCCUGAACUUGGGGAGGCAGAUGCCGUGUGCAAUCUGAUCCUGUCUCUUGUAUACUAUUUCUAUAACUUAAUGCCUCUGUCCAGAGGUUCCAGUGUAGUGGCUUAUUCGGUGAUAAUGGGAGCACUGAUGGCAAGUGGAAAAGAAGUAUCUGGGAAAAUUCCUAAAGGAAAGUUGGUUGAUUUUGAAGCCAUGACAGCACCUGAUUCUGAGACCUUCAGUAGAACAGCAAAAGAUUGGCUGAAUCUGAAAAGCAUUUCACCUUCUUACAAAAGUCUUCCAUUGGUAUCAGAAUCUUUUCCGACAUUACGAAACAUGAUUGAAGCUUUGAGUACAGAUUCAUCACAUUGCCUUAAAAGGCUUUAGCUGCUGUGUAAUA